CUUUCUUAGAACCCUAAACCCCGAGUUGUCACUUGCUGCCGCUCUCUCUCCAUCACACUGCAUCGAUGGCAUAACACAGAGAGAAAGAUAAUGAAAUUUCAGUCUCCGAGAUCGAAAUCAACCCUAAAAUCUGAAUCAAAUCCUUCUUCUUCCUCUUUGAUUUUUCCCCAUUUCAUAUCGUAAUUGUUGCGAUUGGUUCUCACCAUGUCGGCUUUAUCCAGAGGUCUCAUUUCUCGUUUUCGUCUUCUCUCGAUCAAUUCCGGCGCUUCUCAUACAAUUACUUCUUCUUCUUCUUCAAGGACAAAUGCGUCUUGUUACUAUUUCUUCCGCGCUUUCAGUACCCAAGAUUUGAUCCAGGCCAGCGAUGGGUCUUUGCCAUCUUCUUCGAUUAUUGAAGCUAAACCUCGUGUUAUGACUCCAAACUCGAAGCGGACGGGUGUUAUCGCCGUCAAGUGUGGAAUGACGGCGCUGUGGGAUAAAUGGGGAGCUAGGAUACCCAUCACUGUGCUCUGGGUUGAUGAUAAUAUUGUGUCUCAGGUCAAGACCAUUGAGAAAGAGGGUAUCACAGCCCUCCAGAUUGGCUGUGGACAGAAGAAGGCGAAGCAUUUGACAAAACCUGAGGUAGGUCAUUUUAGGGCUCAAGGUGUUCCAUUGAAGAGGAAACUGAGGGAGUUCCCGGUGUCAGAAGAUGCACUUCUUCCAGUUGGUACAGCAAUUGGCGUUCGUCAUUUUGUUCCUGGACAGUAUGUUGAUGUGACAGGAAUAAGUAGAGGGAAAGGUUUUCAGGGAGUGAUGAAAAGGCAUAACUUUAAAGGAAUGCCGGCGUCCCAUGGAGCAUCACUAUCCCAUAGAAGCGGUGGUUCUACAGGUCAGAGGGAUGCUCCUGGAAAGGUCUUCAAAGGUAGAAAGAUGGCUGGGCGAAUGGGUGGAAAGCAGAGAACUGUAAAAAAUGUGUGGAUAUACAAAAUUGAUCCUGCAAGAAACUUGAUAUGGGUGAGAGGACAAGUCCCCGGUGCCGAAGGAAACUUUGUAUUUAUAAAGGAUGCCUUCUACAAGAAACUCAAUAAGUCAAUCCUUCCGUUCCCAACGUACUUUGCAACCGAUGACGAGGACAUGGAGAAUUUGGAACCUCUUGUUGCUGAUCUUGGAGAAGUAGAUCCAUUUAUGGUUGGAGAUUGAUUAGGAGUUGCCCUUCAGAGCAAGUUGUGGUAUUUGCUCUGCUUUUUUCUUCUAUUGAUGGUGUUUGCAGGUACGCUUAUUGACAACCCUUAUGAGAAGUCAAUUCAUUAGAAAUGCAGUCAGAGGAUCUGUACGAGGUGAUCCGAUCUCCUAAUGAGAUGGUAAUCUAUUGUUACUUUUUUCUUUUUAAAAUUUUUCUCACCAUCUCAAACCUGUACCGGAAAAGACCAUUUCGAAAUAAAGAGUAGAAAAAAAAAAAAAGAAGCUAUGAUUAUUGAGAAUUUUUUGUUGAGUGAUCAUAUGAUUUAUUUUGGGAGUUGAAGUUAAUGUUUUAUGUGAACUUAGAAGAAGAGAUUGUUCAUGGCUCUGCCAAUAGUGUUAGAAAUUUCUCCUCUUUUGGGCUGAAGUGCCUAACCUCCUUUUUCCUUUUAUUAUUUGUAAUGUAAUUCCUUUGCAUUUAGAAUUUGGAAUUGUGAUCGGUUCUAUAAACAAUGUUUGACUCCUGUUCAAA